AUGGGUGCCACAUGCAAGUUUAGAGAAAGAGAUAGAGACAGAGAUGUUCUUCUUUAUAACUCAAAUUCAAAUUUGGCAAACUAAAGCUAAUAUUUAGAUAAUAAACUUAACUAAAAAUACAGAAUGUGUAGCAAGAGUAACAAAUCCAGGAACGCUACUAACUCCCCAAUCACUAUUGAAAGGCCGCAUUUCUUUAUAAUAUAUCCAAAAAAUGAAAAUUAACUAAAUGACUUAGUACUACAACUCUAAAACCUCAAUCGAAAUAACAAUUAUUUUAUAGAAGAGUACUCAUAAAUGACAAGCUAAUAGGAAGAAUCGAAAUAUGAAAGCAAUUUCGCUUUAGAAGGAAUUUCUGAAGGAUCGUUCAAUGUUUUUCGUAUAUGA